AAUUUAUGUAACUAAAAUAAGUGUAAAUAAAUUGAAUUAAACUGAGAAAGCAAGGUGAGAGGAAGGAACAAAUUUGGAUCCCCUCCACCCUCUCUCCUCCCCGACCCCUCCCCUGAGCCUGAUUCUAUCAACGCAAAAGGGCUCUGGGAACGAGCUGAGUCGCUGUUAAUCACAAACCAAUCACAACUGAGAUUCGUUGAAUGUGAAUAAAUUUGAUUGGACAAAGGAUUGGACAUGGAAAAUGCAGCCAAUCACAAGCUUAAUUUACGGUAAAGUACAAAUUUCAAAAGUAAAACUUUCUACGCACUGCGAGUGGCAGCAAGUUCGAGAAUUAGCGUGCUUGAAGAAUUGUUGAUUCCACGAUUCAAACCACAGUUUCGUCGAAAGAGAAACCAUGUCGGAGAACCGCAUUCGAAGUUUCAAGAACAAAGGGAAGGACUCGAGUGAACAACGACGCAAACGAAAUGAGGUGACAGUUGAGCUACGAAAGGGCAAAAGAGAUGACCAGAUUCUUAAAAGACGCAACAUCACUGAGGAUGAAUCUGUCAGUCCAUUGCGAGAAAUCAAUUUACAGCAGCAGACUGUAACUCAUCUGCCACUUCCAACUAUUGAAGAGUAUCUCAAGUCAAAUGAUGACAAGGUGAUAUUUGAAGCUGUUCAAGUUUCCAGGAAGAUGCUUUCAAAGCAGAGAAAUCCUCCAAUUAAAGACUUUAUCAACUCAGGAUUGGUACCAAAGUUUGUUGCCAUCUUAGAGCGAUUUGACAAUCCUUCGUUGCAGUUUGAAGCCGCUUGGGUGUUGACAAAUAUUGCGUCUGGCUCGUCUGAUGAGACAAGAGUUGUUGUGGAAGCAGGUGCUGUACCUAGAUUUGUUAAGUUGCUGUCAUCGUCACAAGCUCAAGUUUGUGAACAAGCUGUGUGGGCACUUGGAAACAUAGCAGGUGAUGGACCAAAUCUUAGAAACUUUGUGUUAGCCCAUGGUGCCUUGGGACCUUUACUAGGAAUAAUUCAGCCAGGCAUCAAUAUUCAAUUUCUUCGUAAUGUAACAUGGACACUGUCAAACUUGUGCCGAAAUAAAAACCCAGCUCCUGAGAAGGCAGCAGUAGAGCAGGUGUGUCCAACAAUAUUUAUGCUCACUUGUUUAAAUUACAGCAAUUAUAAUGCCGUGUGCAGUGUGCAAGGAAGUGGUUUCAUGCUGCAGCUUGUUAUUGACUCGGGAAUUCUACCUUUGUUGGUCAAUUUAUUAGGCCACCAUGAAGUUAAUGUUGUGACACCCUCUCUACGAGCAGUUGGUAAUGUUGUUACAGGCACAGAUGAACAGACUCAGCUGGUGAUACAACACAAUGCAUUGUUCCACUUCAAGAACCUGUUGACGCAUAGUAAAGCCAGUAUUGUCAAGGAGGCAACGUGGGCAAUAUCAAAUAUUACAGCUGGUCCUAAGGAACAAAUUCAGGCCAUUAUUAAUGCUGGCUUGGUGCCCUUGAUUAUAGAGGUUUUAAAGGGAAGCAAUUCAGCUCGAGAUUUUAGAAGUCAGAAGGAAGCUGUAUGGGCCAUCACAAACUUCACAUCAGCCAGCACACCAGAUCAGAUUAACUUCCUUGUUCAGAAUGGAGUUAUAGAGCCAAUGUGCAGUCUCUUGGAAGUCAAGGAUACCAAGGUAUUUAGCCCUAGCCAAACAGACUCUCAAGCAGUCACAAGUAACCGCAAGUUAAACUUGGGUAGAGACUUACGUUGGGAAUCAGGAUCAUGAACUUCCUCGCAAGUACAUGCAUGUCAAAAAAAUUUCAUGACUGCAUAUCCUAUAUUUCAUUGGCUAAUAGGUUGCUAUAACAACAAAUGGACGUCACUCAGAAACAUUGACUUGGGCUGGGUGGCCAAACAGUGUCGACUUGCGAGCAAAUUUGACCUUGACUAAAGUGAGCGCAUACCCUGGGUGCCAGAGGUUUUUCUUCCGCGGUUUCCAGUGUCAGUGAUGUCUCUCUUGUGACCCAGGCGAAAAACCUCUGGUGCAGAGUGCAAUUUCUUUGAUAGUGCUAAGCCAAUGAAAAGCCAGUUUAAAUCUGUCUAGUCCAGAAUCUGGACUAGAAAGCUGAUUGGCUCCUAAUGACUUCCAAGGGUUUUCUAAUCUAACAGACAUGGUGAUUGGUUUCUAAGAAUAGAGAAUGUGAGCCUGUGAAAUGUCGCGAAUAAUGUGCUUGUCGCUUGGUGACGUGAUGAUCUUGGAUGGGGGAUUUUGAGGUUGAUUUUUGUUUAUGCACUGUAAGGUUUGUGAAAGAUCAAGAUCUGGUCAAAGCCAUAACAAAGGUUCAUCAAAACGUUUGAUGGUGUUGACAGCUUUUAAAGUGCCAAACAAAGGGAUUGAAUUGUGAAUGUAUUUGCAGCAAGGAUGUUUUGGCGGUUUUGCCAAGGGGAUUUGGGAAAUCGUUGUUAGUUCAAUUAAUUCCUUGACUCUGUGUUCAACUACACAAUGUUCCCAAUGCCGGUGCGCUUUUCGUGGGCUUGAAAUGAUUCCGGGUCUUUCAAGAAACAGGCCCAGAUCUGUCUUGUCAAGUGAAUUUGCCAUGUCUUCAUGUGCCAGGCCAUGUGAUUACAGUGGGAGAUGUUCGCUGUGAUUGGUUUGACGCCUGAAUGAAAUUGCCCAGGACCCACCCCUAAUUCUCUGGGGUUUUUUGGAAUAUUUAAGAGCGAGCAAAAGCACAAAAAUAAACCAUAUGUGUAGUAACCACAAACACAAGACUAGGUUUCAAGACAUCGUUUAUUUAAAGUUGAAUAAAUGAAGGGCCAAAAU